AUGAUAAGAAAAAUUUUAGAAACUUUAACAAUAAAUGAAAUAUCAGAAAAAGCUAUACUUAUUACAGGUUGUGAUUCAGGAUUUGGAAAACAUUUAGCAUUAAAAUGUAUUAGAAAUGGAAUGGUUGUUUUUGGAACAUGUAUGACAGAAAAAGGUAAAAAUGAACUUUUUGAAGAAGGUAAAAAAUAUGGAUCAAAAUGUUUUCCAUUUAUUAUGGAUGUCACUGAUGAUGAAUCUUGUAGUAAUGGAUUAAUAUUAGUUAAAGAAAAUUUAAAAAAAUUAAACUUACCAGGUCUUCAUGGAAUUGUGGCAAAUGCCGGAAUAACUGGUGAUCCUGGACCAUUUGAUUGGAUGAAGGUUGAAGAUUUUAAAAAUGUUUUUGAUGUUAAUACAUUUGGUGUUGUUAGAACUAUACAAUAUUUUAUUGAAGAAGUUAAAAAAGUUAGAGGAAGAAUUGUUUUAACUUCAUCAUUAUAUGGUAGGGUAGCUUUACAAAAUUUAAGUGCUUACAGUGCAUCAAAAUAUGCCAUUCAAGGAUUGGUUGAUAGUUUAAGAAGAGAAAUGAAACCAUUUCAUGUACAAGUUAUGUGUGUAGAACCAGGUGUUUUUAAAACAAAUAUGACAAAUGUUGAAACUACAGAAAAAUUACUUAAAAAAGUUUAUGAUAGACAGAAUGAAAAUGUUAAAAAACAAUAUGAUAAAAAAUAUUUAGAUACAUUACUAGAAAGUAUGAAAGAUUUAUUUAUUAAUAAAUCAUCAGAUUCUCCUGAUCAAGUUAGUGAUACAUAUUUUAAAUGUCUUACAAGUUAUUGGCCAAAACCACGUUAUCAGGUAGGAUUGGAUUCACAAUUUAUUUUUGCACCAUUAUCACUUCUUCCAACAGAAAUACAGGAUUAUAUUAUUAAAAUACUUUCAUUUUCUUCAAUAGAACCCAAACCAAAUGUAAUAUAUUAA